AUGUCAGAUCUUCGAGAGUUUGUUAAUCAGCAAAAAGCUAAAAAUUCAUUUUUUGGCACGACUACGACAUCAGCAUCAUUUCCAUCAAUUAAAUCUAUACGAUCUAAACUUACAUCCGGUUUGAAUGGAUUUUCAAUGAUGCAUUCAGCAGGUGAUGAUUCUGAUCGAGAAAUAUUGACCGAAUCAACUGGCGAAACAAAUGGACAGUUGCCACAAUCACGAAAUCGUAGAAAUGGUGGAUGGUUCGGUUCUUUUUCCAGCGAAGAGCCUGUUUUUGGAAUGUCGAAGAUGCAGAGGAUUGUUGCAUUUUUCUUGUCAAUAGGAGCAGCUUUUGUUUGCUUCGGAAUAGCUGUCGUUUUGCUACCUGCUAUAGUUAUACAAGCUCGAAAAUUUGCAGCAUUGAAUACACUUGGUUCGAUUAUGUUGAUUUUGAGUUUUGGUUUUUUAUGGGGACCAAUAAGCUAUUUGAAACAUAUGUUCUCAGAACAACGGAGGCAUGUUACGGCAUCUUAUUUGAUAACCGUUAUAGCGACAUUAUAUUUCAGUUUAUGGGAUUUAUACUUCGUCCUCUCAUCAAGUUGGAUUAACCAUAAAAAUGUGGUUUUAGGUGCUUCACUUUAG